GUCCUUGGAGCGCCCACGGACGCGAGGAACCACGUGAAGGUGGUGAGGCGAGUUGGGUCCUGGAGCAGGUGUAUAUAAGCGGCAUCGUGGCUCCUCACAGCGCAUCCUCACCCAGACUCUCAACACAGCCAGCAUGAAGCUCGUGAUCUUCGCCUGCCUGGCCGCCGUCGCCCUCGCAGCCCCUCAGGGCGGCAAGCCUGCUGACAUCAUUGAAGUCAUCAGCGACGUUCGGGAGGAUAGCGGAGACGGCAACUUCAGAUACGCGUUCGAGACCGAGAAUGGAAUCAAGCAGGACAUCAAGGGUGCCCCCGGGGCCUCAGGCGCUGUCGUCAUUGAUGGCGCCUUCAGCUUCCCACUCGAUGAUGGAAGAACGGCCUCCUUCACUUUCGUCGCCGACGAGAACGGCUACCAGCCAGAGUCUGACCUCAUCCCCGUGCCCCCACCUCUUCCCGAGCACGUUGUCGAACUGCUGAAGAUCGUCGAGCAGCUGAAAGCUCAGGGAGCCAAGUGGGACGACCAGGGAACGCGGCUUAACUAAUUCUGUCAAGAUAUGACACACUACGGUUGAUCACAACUCAUGCACGACUUCCGCCGAGCGCCUGUUCUUGGAUGGCCUGUAUGCGAGCUGAACGUCGCCUCGUGGGGACGUCGCCCUCUAACUUCAUCGAGGAUUACCUGUACAGUUUCCCCUUCAUGUUAUCUCUCCGCGGUACAAGUUCACGGCUGUGGGCUUUCCCGACCGACUCUCGACAUACGUUCAUCUCCUCUAACAAAAACACUAAGACUUUUCUAGUACCCCCCAAUAAAUGUGCCAUAAAAAACAUUUCUCCGCAUCCCACACGCACCAAAGACAACGCAUGCAAUCCUCGACGACAUAAUUCCAUUACAGAUCGCAUCGAACUUACGAGGGUCCUUUUCCAAGGGCAGAACGCGUCCAAUCCUCGACGACAUUUCCCCAGGACACAACCCCUUACACCCUACAUGGACACUCCACCUGGACACUUCCCGUCCAACCCGUAAGGACACCCCUAGGACACUUCUUGUAUGUACAUAGUUAAGGACUACAGCUUCGGGGCACCAACCAGCACCUAAGAUCACUGGACACAAUCCAAUGCUUGUGAUCACUUUGUAAUAAACUCCCUGCAGCCAGAA